CCUCCACCCCUAAUCUGCAUGAGGAGUUCCUGCCAGCCUGUCCUGCUCGGUAUCUUUUGUCAGUGGACUUUCAUGCAACUGGGGCUGCAAUGGGAUCAAAUUUAAGUUCAAAUGAGACUUUUACGGGCACCUCAGCGACAGCGGAGAGAAUGAGACCAGUAUCUCCUUUCAACUUGCUGACCGUAAAAAUACUAAGAGUGAGGAACGUACGGAAGGCAGACUUGCUCACCCUUUCAGAUUGCUAUGUGACGCUGUGGUUGCCUACUGCUUCAACUGAGAAGGUUCGGACCAGAACCAUCAGGAACAGCAAAAACCCAGUCUGGAACGAAGCUUUCUGCUAUAAGAUUGACCGACGAGUCAAGAAUGUACUGGAGCUAAAGGUUUGUGAUGAAGAUACAAUCACCAGGGAUGAUGAACUCUGCACAGUUCUCUUUGACAUAGAUAAACUCACCGUAGGACGUACUGUUCGAGUGAAGUUUCAGCUGAAUCCACUGGCACGUGAGGAACUGGAGGUGGAGUUCACAUUGCAGAACACUCUGGACUAUCCUGAUGGCAUCAUUACUAAUGGAGUACUAGUGGCACGCGAGGUUUCCUGUUUGGAGGUUAGAGUGGAUACAGGCAAGCUGAAGCAGCAAUCCACAAAUCAGGAGCUUAUGUUUACAGUGAAAGGAUCCCAUGAAGGAAGCCGGAAGAUUUCACUGGGCGCUGACCCCGUUCUUCAGAACAUCAUAUUUCACUGUGUCAUAAAUGACCAGACAAGACUGGAUAUCACAUUACCAGAAGAGCUGGCAGAUAAAAAUGAAACACAGAAAUAUGGGGUCCUUUCUUUCCCUCUGAAUUCACUCCCUUUGCAGAAGGAAAUAAUGGUAGAAGAGGAUCAGUCCUUUGAGGUGUGCUUGACAGCAAGAAAAUGCUCAGGAGACCUGGAUGUGCGCUUGGGGUUUAGCCUGUGCAUGGAGGAACAGGACUUUCUGAGGAAAAGGAAGAAAUAUGUCGCUGCUGCUCUGAAAAAGAUUCUUAAUUUGGAGGAAGAUCUUAAAGAGCAUGAGGUGCCAGUGGUGGCCAUCACGACUACUGGGGGAGGGACGAGAUCACUGACAGCAAUGUAUGGCAGCCUACUGGGUCUCCAGAAACUCAAUCUGUUAGACUGUAUUUCCUACAUCGGUGGUUUAUCGGGUACCACAUGGACAAUGGCAAAUUUGUAUGAAGAUGCUAAUUGGUCACAAAAAUAUCUGGAAGAGGCGAUCAAGGAAGCUCGCAAGCAAGUAACCAAAAACAAGAUCUGCUGUUUUAGUCUGGACUGUCUGAAGUACUAUUAUAAUGACCUGAUGGAGAGGACUAAGGAGGGACAUAACACAUCUUUCAUAGACCUGUGGGGGCUUGUCAUUGAAUCCAUGCUACAUGAUAAGAAAGACGAACAUAGACUCUCCGAUCAGCGGCAGGCAGUGGAUAAUGGUCAGAACCCGUUGCCCAUCUAUGUGGCCAUCAACCUCAAGUCCAACUAUAGUGCUCAGGCAUUCAGAGAGUGGUUGGAGUUCACUCCUUAUGAAGUCAGUCUCCUGAAAUACGGAGCGUCUAUUCCUGCAGAACAUUUUGGAAGUGAGUUCUUUAUGGGAAGGCUAGUGAAGAGGCUUCCAGAGACUCGGAUCUGCUACAUGCAAGGCAUGUGGAGUAGUAUAUUUUCCAUAGAUGUGAUGUAUGUCUGGAAUUUGGCUGCUGAUUCAGAGGACUUCUGGUGUAGGUGGACCAGAGACAGAGUAAAAGAUAUUGAGGAAGAACCCUUUCUGUCCAUGAAUCCUUAUGAGAUUGACACAUGUCUACUCGAUCCCUCAUCCACCCUCUCCUCUGCUCUGCGAGAUGUCUUAACGGGACGCCCAACAAUUGCACAGUAUCCCAAUUUUAUCAGAGGCUUCCAGAUGCACAGCAAGUACCUGGAGAGCGAUGGAUUCUCUACUUGGAAAGACACCGUGAUAGACUCCUUCCCAAAUAAACUGAUGGAAACAGCAGAUGAUGAGCUCUCCCUGGUUGAUACUGGAUUUUUCAUCAAUACCAGCUACCCACCACUUUUGAGAUCAAAAAGGGAGGUGGAUGUCAUCCUGCAUUUAAAUUACAGUGGAGGGUCCCAGACGCUGCCUCUGGACCAGAUUGCAAAAUACAUAUCGGGGCAAGGAAUUCCGUUUCCCAAAAUUGAGAUAAGCGAGGAAGACAGGGAAAACUUGAAGGAAUGCUAUGUGUUUGAAGAUUCUGACAGUCCACAAGCUCCAACAGUGCUCUUUUUUCCCCUAGUAAAUGACACCUUCAAGAAUUACAAAGCUCCUGGUGUGGAAAGGAGUCCUGAAGAGAUGUCUGAAGGCAAAGUUGAUGUCUCCACUAUUCUCUCUCCAUUUACAACAAGGGAGGUGUGUUUCAGUGAAGAGAAUUUUGACAAACUGGUGAAGCUGACUGAUUACAAUGUCCUGAAUAAUGAGAAGUUGAUUAUUCGGGCCUUGCGCAUGGCGGUGGCACGGAGGAAGCAGAGAAACUAUUAGCCAUCAUCUGCUAGUUUUAACUUUCCAUGUGAUAUUUCUGGGGUUGUGUGUUAUCUCGUGAGAUUAAAAUGUUUGAUGCUUGACACUUUAAUCUGCAGUAGAAAAUGUCAUCCUGAGGACUUGCUGGACUUCAAAUCCUCUUAUUUAAUUGACUGUUCAGAUGAACAUUGUAAUUUACAGUGGUUUAAUCAAAAACAAGUUUCAAAGCAGCAGAUUUACAUUUAGUUUUGUUACCUUGUUACUUUACCAAUGGAGAUACAUUCCAUAUAAUUUAAUAUCAUGUUUUCUGAGAUAGUGAAAUAUUGUAGCACAUUAAAAAUGUGAAUCAAACCAGUAUUCAUAUGUGUUUUUCUGUUCAGCAGAACAGCAAUCCCUUGAACUGGAAUUUCUCUCAUCGAUAGCUAAUCCAUUGUGGUUGUUAUUGCUUAUCUUAAUUAUUGACACCCUGAAAGUUAUCUCUGAUGUGAUUGUCUACUAUAAAUUUUUUAAAUCAGCUGGCUUUCUUCACCUGUCUUUGAAAAUAAGCUUUUUUCAAGUUACAAUCAGUGUUAAAAUCUACAGAUUUUUCACCAUCCAUUAAAAAAAAUUAAUCAAAACCCACCCUGAAUCAGGUCAUCUUUGUUUCAUAUGGUCAAAAGUAUUCUUUGAGCUGCUAUUCACAGAACCACCUAUAUAUCAGCCUUAGUAGUAGUCAUGUUUCCCAAUUUUUCCUCCUUUCAUUUGCUCUUGGAGUUGUUGUUGGCUUUUGUGUCUCACUCAUCUUCAUCUGCCUUGACUGUUCUUGUCAACAGUCUUCCUUCCAGUGUUUUGUUUCAGAGGAUGGGAAGUGGCUGCUAGCUUCUUGCACAGAAUAUGGCAAUGAAAGAAGACCUUUUGAACAACCUUCCAGGCAUAGUUUUGCAGCUGUUCAAUGCUUUCCUGCAAAUGGUCUUUUGCAGAGUUAUCCUGAAAGAGUGAUUCCUCAUUGUCAAAAAUCCUAGAGGUUUUCUGGGGGAAGAUAGUUGCCUGAGGCUCUUUUCUCACAGUUCUGCAAUGGCUAGAUGACAAAUUCAGUCUUUCACAAUAGCAGCCCUGCACUGUGCAGCUGUGAUACACAAAGAGACUGUUCACAGCAGCUCAGGCAAUGCUUGGGGUUGUCUGGCUUUUGAUAAUAAAAGGGUCUUAUUAUUGCUAUGAAUACAAGACCAACUCUCCAGGAUAGGACAGGUGUUGAGAUCAGGGGAGAGUCUUGAUUAUGCUCUGAAGUGACAAAUUUGUUUAUAUGGAACCAAGUUCUAGGAAAUGGGAGAAAAAAUACUUCUGUGCUAUGGGAAAAACAGCUGAAGGAGCAUCUGGAGCAAUUUGGGUGGUGAAAGAAAGGGACUGGGCCAUGUUUUUGACCUAUGAAAGUGUUCGUUGUGUUCAUGCUACUGCAGGACUUCGAAGGACACGGUGUAACUGCGUGCAGUACUGCAUGUGUAGCUUGACAUUAUUAGCCCUGCAUGGUGUGAAGCAACUCUAAUUGUGGUUCAGCUCCAGAACACUAGAAUCAGCUCAAGGGAUCUGGGUUUUUCCCAGGGUUAUCUUUGGUUUGACUGUCAUGGAUACUAGGCCUUUUUGGUGGAAAUGAAACUGAGCAGGAUGGAAGCUGUUUCUGUCUGUUUUAUAGGGAAAACUUGUUCAACGACAGGACAGAAAAAAGACAGACAGGUGCAUGAGACAGCCUGAGCCACAUUAACCCUACUUUUCAUAAGAACUAAUUAGUCCAUCUUCUAACCAUGACUAAUUACUGCACUGACGUAGCUAUGCUCCUUCCCAUGUCAGCCUUGGGGUAUCCCUGCAUUGUGUCCUGCUGGCUGGUACAAAAGCUGGCUUUUUCUUCUUUAAGGGAGUUCCUCCAGUCCUCAGAUCACUCCACAGUGCUUUAUCUUCCCAAUAGUUCAGUAUCAUCUGUUUGAGACAGGGUGUCAAAAAUAUUUUUUAUUUAUAAAACCUGCAAUAGGCUUAAAACUGAGCUGUUUGCAAUCUCUUUAGGAAUAUUUCCUUUGACUACUGCUUUUUGUGAUCUGUUAGUUAUCCAUCCUUCAUCUGUUUAAUGUUUGGAUGGUGUUUGUUGCACCCAGUUCUUAAGGUAGGGUACCUUUAAAUGUCAAACCUUUCAUGAAAUUCAAGUUAUAGCAUGUCUGUGCAGUUAGAUUUAUCAAUCAAUUCUCAUUCCAUUGCAAAGUGAAGUGAAAUUAUUUUGUGUUCCAUUUUUUAAUUAAAUUCC